UAAAACUCUGUUAAAAAUCGGUAGCGGUAUUGGUAGGUCACACAUGACACAAAAUUUUGGAAUGGGCCGAGAGGAAGCCCCAAGGCCCAGGUUCCGAAUCAUUCUCGUUUAAGCUCUUCUCUUUACGGGACAAUUUCGCGCCAAAUCAAUGGCAACUCCAACUCCAAGCAAAUUGAAAACCAACUCCUGGACCUCAACCUAAAUCAAUGGCGCUGCUGUGUUUUUUGCUUGAUCUCAGAACCUUUCCUCCUCCCAUCCUCACCGCCUUAACCGAUGUGAGAACAGAACAGUUCUGAAUCAGAUUCCUACAACUCUCAUUUUCCUUCUCUCUCCUCCUCACCAAUCUCACAGUUUUUUUUUUCAUUUCGUCUUCAUCUGUUUAGUCUUUGUUGCAGCUCGCCAAUCUCUAUGCAAUUUCAUCAUCAUCAUCCGCUUCUAGAAUCGGCUUGUGCUAUGUGAAGAAUGCCUCCUUUGUUCCUCAUGAUGUUCUUCUGAAUGAAACAGUUGGAGGUUGCGUAUAGUCCUAUUAGAUGCUUUAGUCUCUGUCAAUUUCAUCGUGCUGUGAGGAAUUUGCCAACGGAUGCCUUUAUUCCUGAAAUCGAUGGCUAUGAAACUCUUCGUUGUCUUGAUGUGAAAUUAUCGGCUGUUUUAAGCGAUCAAGUUCUAUACUCGUGGGAAUGUGAAGAUGUAAAGAGGAAAGUGAUUGUAUUAAGCGCAUCUUCACAUUAUGAUUUGGAUUCAAACUUGGAAAGAACACUUGAGGAGGCGGCUAGUAUGCGUGUUUUAGUUGAGUUUGUGAUCUUUGAGCAGAAGUCAAGUCAUCUCAACGUCAUUGAAGAGGAUCCUAAUGGGCUAAUGAAACGCAUUUCUGACUUUGAUGGCUGCUCUCUUAAAUUAUACCUUCCAGAUGUCAGAAUAUUUCAAAGCCUUGUGAGACGUUGGUUGCAAGACCUCAAGGAUGAUAUGAAGGAACCAUUAUUAGCAUGUUUUGAUUUUAAAGAAAACCUCAUUUAUUCCACGAACCAGAUAACUUGCAACUUGUAUACGACUGUCACGCAGAUGAUUGAUGGUUUCUCCACUUGUCAGACAUGCAGAUGCCAUGGUAUGCCAUUAGAAGUCUAUAGAAGCGAAGGGAUAAAGGAAUCUUCCUGUGCAAUUAGCGGGGAUUUUCUGGAUACCUCUGGCAUAAUGAAAAACUCGAUGAAAGUUGGAGAGAAAACAAUCCUGUUCCUGCCAUCAGCUCAGUGCCUUGAUAAGUCUCAACAAAAUGCUUCACAAAUUAAAUUUGACGUCGUACAACGAACCAACUUGGGAACCUUAUGCGAAAGUAUUAUUAUGGGAGCCGCCUAUGUUGUAGUUCCAUCAUCUUUACGUGAGCUAGAAUCUGCUUCAGCAGACAAUGAUCCGUUUGCGGUUAAUGCUUUAGCUUUUCAAGGACUUUGUGGUGCUCUCCACUCACUAGAUCAGGGUUUGAUUUGCCUUUCAAAAUGGAAUAUGGAGACCUUGAAUGAAUCAACAUUUCCUUGCUAUUAUAUUCUACAACCGUCACAAAAUGGAUCAAUGUUUCUUAGGCGUCUUGCUGCCUCCGAGGAAGUUCACUAUGUACCGGAUAUCAAGUCUUUGAUUACCACUCAUGUUAGCAAGGAGAUCCAGAGUUCCAUUCUAGUCUCAUUGGAGAAGGUUGAACUAAAAGACUACAACCCGUUGAUGCAUGAAAGAGGCCUCCACCAAAAACUUAAUGUUCUCGUGAAAGAAAGUUUGGAGUUCCGGCCAUCAACUCCAACAGCAGAAGAGGGAACCUCCGGCAAAGAAACGAACGUCCAUGAUUCUUUAAAAGGAACUCUGAAUCAUGUAAAAGACAUUGAAAUUGUAACCACCCCAAUGGAUGGCACAGAAUCUGGAGUUGCUGAAACUUGGGAGAAGCUAGUAACUCAUGAAUUCCCUGAAACAUGUCCAGUUUAUGUUUCCAAAGAUAAGUUGGAUGGAUUUUCUCUCUCUCUUUCGUAUGGCAACAGACCAUUGGCUGCCAAAACGUCAAGGAUUUUAGAGAGACUUGAGGCACCAAGACAAAGAAGUAAAGCUACAUCUCCUAAUACUCUUACCAUUGGCUUGAUUGAUCCAAAUGCUCCAACAAAAAAGCCACCAAUCCCGUUGGUGCCAGUUCUGACCCGAGACCAAGGCUUCACAGGUACUCAAUCUCAACUUAUGAAACCAAAUUUCAACAAACACAAAAGGAAGCGUACAUGACAACCCAUCCCCCAAAAGGUAGAGUUUGUUUUUUAAUUGAUAAAAUUGGGUAGUCAUAUCAUGCUGUUCAUCAUUAAAUUCUUUACAUGGAGUAAGAGGAACAAUACUAACCUACUCACUAGUCCCUAGUGGGUAGAUAUCCAAAGAUCACCGUUAUAUCUAAAGGUAGUUUCUUUUAUUGUAGGUAUGUAUUAAAUAAGAAAUAGUGGGAAAGUUUUUAGUAAUAGGUAGUUUAAGGAUUGUCGUUAACGGGUGGGGAAGAAGUUUUGUUGAUAAUGUCUUGGGUUCGUGGGUUUUGUUCAUUUCUGUGCUUGCCAGCAACGUGGGGAAGAAAUUGACCUAAAACGAAGAAAUACAAUCACCUGGAAGAAACUUUUAUAAAAAAUGUAAUGUUCACACAUGGAUACUUCCUUUCUUUU